ACAAGUAAAACAGAUUAACAACAAAAAAAAACUUGCUAUUUAAGGGUAAUCACAUUCUUUAGUAGUAAUAACUAAUAAACCAACGUGGGACCCGGCACCGUUUACUGAUUCUAUCCAGCUCAUAUCUUAAAAACAAACUCUCCACCUCAUCUUUUCUUUGCCACCCCAUCAUCAAUGUUUCAACAUGAAUCAUGAAUCAAUACAUAAUAACAUCAUUUCUAACUAUAUAACACUCUUCUCCUCUUUUUUACCCUUUUCUUUUUCAAACUAAAAACUCAACCAUGACAGAAACAAAUACAGAUACAAAUACAUAUACAGAUACAGCUCUCUUUCUAUAUUACCCUAUUCCUAUUCUUCUCUCUUUCUCUUUUUCUCUGGCUCUUCCUUCUGUUAUUAACUUGUUCAAGAAAAAUAUUCAAUCGCUUUUCGAUCUAACUACCGUCACUACUGCACAAUCUCACUCUAUUUCUGGUUUGGCUCUCGUUACGGACAUCACCGAUCGCGAUAACCUUCCGGUUCGGAAUGUUCUUGAAUCAACGAUGUUGUUAAAUUCGAAGACGAUCGUUAAUGAAAAUUCUCCGCGGAUUGAAUUUCUCUCCGGUGAUGUUGAUGGAUUGAUGUCUUGCACGGAGAGUCUCGGAUUCGAGAGUUCCGACGAGAGAAGAGUUAAUGGUAGAACGGAUGUGAAGGUGAAUAGUGAUGAGAAGGAUGAGAUUUGGAGGAGGAAGAUGAUGAUGAAAAAAGCUGAAAGUAGAGGAAAUUGUAUGAGGUCGUUUCCACCGCCGAUUCCGUCGUUGAAUCGGAAUGGUAAACCUAGCUUUUAUCUCAGGCCGGUGAGGAAAGACGGGAGGUUGGAAUUAACGGAAGUUAGAAUACACCGACCUGAUAUCCUUCAUGCUUCACGGCAUGAUGGACGGUUGACAUUGCAUCUAAUACCAGAUCGAGAUAGUGAAGAAGAAGGAGAAAGUGAAGAAGAAGACGAAGAAGAUGAAGAAUUUGAGGAGGAAGAAGAAGAAGAAAAUAUGAGAAUUUCUACGGUAGUGGGAAAUAGUAAUGAAGGGUUAAGGAGGUGUCAUGAAAUGGUGAAUCAACAACAUCUUCUCGUUCAUGGGAACCAAAUUCGAAUGUGUGUGUGAUAUGAAAGGGAUGAGAGUUUUUAUUUUUAUGAGUAGUAUUUUAUUUAUUAUGAAUGAUCAAAUUUUGAAGUAUUGUUAUGUUAGAGAGAAAAUAAAAAUUGAACAUAUUAGGCUGUGUUUCCUUUUGUUUAUUUUCUUAGACGUGUAAAUAUUAUUUAUGAACUUGUUAAGGUGACUUUGUUA